GGCUUCCAAAACCCCCAAAUAAAAAUGAUUGUUUUUCGUCGACUGGGGAUGAUUUGUCAGCCCCAGCACAAAGUAGCUUUUGGCCUUGGUGAACAGGGAUAUUUUUCAUGUUGCAGGCAACAAAGCAUGGAUGGAGCAACGCAAGGCGCGAAUGGUAUCACAAGGUAAAUGUUGGUGUUGGGGGGACAUUGGAUUCUGCCUAGAUUCUGCAUUCCUGUUGCGAAUAGUCCGCCGUACAAACGGGUGGACAAGCACUCUUAAAAUGGAGCUACGCAACUUACCAUGAGAACUGACUGAGAGAUCCUUCAGAACCUUUGACCGUCAACAAAGAAGCAGCAGACCUUAUACACCAUUCAUCUCACUCGUCCACACAUAAUGAAAAUCAACAACGUUCGUCCGCGGCAUGUGGUUUUCCAUCAGGAGCUGCACUGCAAUGACUCCGCCGCGGUCUUCUUUGUAUCAGUUCGGGGAUUUGAAUGCGUUAUGAAAGUGCACCAUGACCCCGGACAUGGGCGUAUUCAUGAACGUGAAGCCACUGCCUACCAAUGACUCCAGGUGCAUGGCGUGGCUGAAAAGGGCUAUGUGCCUCAAUUCUAUGGAAGCAUGGAAAAGCUUGAACCUGAAUUUUGACAGUCAAAUCUAAAUAUGUUUAUAAAUGACACAGAGCUCCCAAGUGCGAUAUUUAUUGAAUAUAUUCCCAACAUGCGUCAAUUGCAUCUUGACACCUUUUCCAAAGAUUGUAUGACUAAAUUUGUCCAGGUCAUCAAAGCUAUUACUGCUGCACUGGUCAUGCAUAAUGAUCUGAAAGCUAGAAAUUUCAUGAUCACUCCUGGAGAAAGGGUGGUACUGCUGGAUUUCAAUCGGGCCAGGACAUACAAUAACAACAUCAUAACGGCUGAGCAGCAAGAAUGACUCCAGGAGAAUGUGCAGAUUGUGCAGGACCUUGGGCGUCUACUUGAAAUGGAUGUUGCUGAAGGCCGCUUGAAUCAUUCCUACCUCUACUUUUGCACCUAAAUCCGAGACGGGUUGCUUCUGCACGAAUGGAGGACACACUCACACAGCAGGAGGAUGUUUUUUUUUUCAGUCCGCCGCCAAGGACGACCAAUUCUCAUUUUUUCUACACAGUCCUCAAACAGUCAGAUAAGGGGAAAGCCCAGCCACAUCAAAUGUUAUUAGAAGCUAGAUUUCAGUAAGGCACUAUCCCAAAGGAAGUCAUAUUCAUUCUGGCCUAGAAGCUCUAUUGAUAUGGCCUAUCACAUUCCAGUCCUCCCACAGCUAUGGCUCUGUCCUUUUGCUUUUCUUUGAAUCAGUACCUAGAAACCCGCCUGAUUUGCAAUAGGGGGGUUUCCAUUCAUAGAGUGGCCGGGAUUUUCCAUCAGUUUCUGAAAGCCACUUAAUAAAGGGAUUUGCAUCUUUGUGAGUUGUUUCCAUUCACAGAGUGGCCGGGGUUUUCCACCAGUGGAUUUGAUCGGCGUGUCUAAGGACGUGGGAGGUAUGCUCACCGGGGGGGUCACUCGCCAGACGGUGGCGAUGAGGUCGAGGACGGUUUUCUAGAUGUUCACAUCAGUUGCAUUUUGGAUUACGAGCCGCGCCAACGCUUGACAGUAGUUAUAGAUGAAGUAAGCUUGUAAGAGGCGUCUAAAUAAACCAACAAAAUCAGAAGCAAGGAUUUCAUUCCCACCCUCUAUUGUUAUUCCAUUCUCAGAUGUAUAUCAUUGUUAAAAGUUUAGUCUAUAAUAGUUGCUCUCUUGUACUGCGUAAUGUGCAGGUAGAAUUAUGUCAUGUGCACGCCCGG